ACGUUAGGUCCCGCCCCUUUACUUCCAUUUCUGUUUCAGGACACAAGGUGCUGGAGGGGAGAAACCUCGUUUUUAUAUUUAUAGCACGUCGUCUUCACUUAAGUAAAAUAUAAUUUCUCUGGAUCAAAGCACGUCCACCGAAACUAGACCAAGUCUGUCAGGACGAAUCCUCUUCUAGGUAGAGUAACCGUUUUCUGCAGCUUUGAAACCGAAACAGGCCCCAUUUUAGCGGUGUUGGACAGCUUUCCGCCACCCGUCUGUCUCCUUGUGUGAGUUGGGGCCUGUAGGCACGAAGCGCGUUGGACAGGAGGGAGUCGCGCAAUGGCCGAGUUCGGAAACGGGCUAGCAGAGGAAUCGCUGCUGGACUCAGACCCAGGACAUCCAGAGUUAGAGGACACUGGCGUGGGCGAUGACGAGCCUGGACUAGAAGAAGGAGAUGCAGCUAUUGAGGACCCGGUGUGUUCUGCAGGAGCUGGAGGCUAUCAAAGCCCGGGUGAGAGAGAUGGAGGAGGAAGCAGAGAAGCUGAAGGAGCUCCAAAACGAGGUGGAGAAACAGAUGAAUCUCAGCCCUCCGCCUGCUGGUCCUGUCAUCAUGUCCCUUGAGGAGAAGAUGGAGGCUGACGGCAGGUCUAUUUACGUAGGAAACGUGGACUACGGCGCCACGGCGGAGGAGCUGGAGGCUCAUUUCCACGGCUGCGGCUCGGUCAACAGAGUCACCAUCCUCUGCGACAAGUUCACCGGACACCCCAAAGGGUUUGCUUACAUUGAGUUUUCAGACAAAGAGUCUGUACGGACAGCCAUGGCCCUGGACGAGUCUCUGUUCAGAGGGAGACAGAUCAAGGUGGGAGCAAAGCGGACGAACAGGCCAGGCAUCAGCACCACAGACCGCGGCUUUCCCAGGGCUCGCUUCCGAUCGAGGGGAGGAAACUUCUCCUCCCGUUCGCGCUACUACAGUGGCUACACGCCCCCUAGAGGAAGAGGACGGGCCUUCCGGUUUCAGGACCAGUGGAGGCUGAGCACCCCCCCUUCUCCUGUGGCGACCGUGCCCCCUACUGUCUCGGCAGCGCCUCUCGCCCUCUCUGCUCCCGCUGUCCACACUCACCCAAUCCUGUCAAUGUGGGGGGGUGGGGCCGGGGGGCAGGGCGACCACCGCCCCACAGCAGGGGGGGUUUACUAUAACCACAAGCGCUGAGCUCGUGCACACGCGGACACAGGCACACACUCGCACACACACACGUACACACACACACACAUCCACACUCACAGGCGCGCGUACACACACACACACUCACAAGGUGCAACCACAGGACAUACAACAACCACAGUUUGUAUAGAGAAUAGGGCAUCCCUUUGUAUAGGGAUCCAAGCAGACGGCUGCCGUUUUAAUUGAGGCAGGCUGGCACAGAGAAGGGUUUGAGGCCCUUCGCGUCUCUGCAUUCAGAGCAGGCUAGGCCUGAGGGCUCACUGGGGAGACGGGGAAGGGGCGAAGGCAGCAGUUAUUUAAAACCGAGGGAGCAGGGCCUUUAUUUGGGAGGCUGCGGUGAGGUGUGUUUUGUUUUUUUGUUUUUCUGUGGGGACAAGAG